UAUUCGUCGCUUUUCUGAGCUACGGUGAACGUCGUGAGGAAACAGUGAGACUUUGCUUUGGUGUUCUGAUGAAACAUGGAGAAGGAAGACGGGGUCGUGGCGGUUAAACGGAGCAGCUCGGAGCAGAGGAAGCUCCGCUCUCGCGAUGCGGCCCGCUGCCGGCGCAGCCAGGAGACCGAGGUGUUCUACGAACUGGCCCGGACCCUGCCGCUGCCGCGCCGAGUCUGCACCCACCUGGACAAGGCCGGCAUCAUGAGGGUGACGCUCAGCUUCCUGCGGAUGCAGCAGCUCCUGCGACCCGAAGAGAGUGUGAAGAAGGAGGAAGAGGAGGAGGAUGAAGAUCCGAUGGACGCCUUCUUUCCCCAGGCGUUGGCGGGCUUCGUCAUGGUGAUGACCGAGGAGGGGGACAUGGUGUUCCUGACGGAGAACGUCAACAAGCACAUCGGCAUCACGCAGCUGGAGCUGAUCGGUCAGAGCGUCUACGACUUCAUUCAUCCCUGCGACCAGGAGGAGCUGCGAGACCUGCUGACUCCGCGUCCAGGUCUGAGUAAGAAGCUGAUGGCGGAGCAACCGAGCGAGAGGAACUUCUUCCUGCGGAUGAAGAGCACCCUGACCAGCAGGGGGCGCACCGUCAACAUCAAAUCUGCCACCUGGAAGGUUCUCCACUGCACGGGCCACAUCCGCCCGUUUGGCUCAGCGUCGCCCCCUGCUGCCAGAGUGAUGACGCUGCUGUGCGAGCCGAUCAGCCACCCGUCCAGCGUGGAGUUCCCUCUGGACAGCUGCACCUUCCUGACGCGCCACACCAUGGACCUGCGCUUCACCCACUGCGAGGGCAGGGUAACGGAGCUGGUGGGGUACAAACCGGAGGACCUGAUUGGACGCUCGGCCUACGAGUUUUAUCACGCGCUCGACUCGGAUCGCAUCAAGAAGAGCCUGCUGACACUUCUGUCCAAAGGUCAGGUCAACACGUCGCCCUACCGCUUCCUGGCCAACAGCGGCGGCUUCGUGUGGGCCGAGACUCAGGCCACCGUCCUCUACAACAACAAGACGUCGCAGCCCGAAGCCGUCGUCUGCCUCAACUUCAUCCUCAGCGCGGUGGAGCAGCCGGACGUGGUGUUGUCCGUCGAGCAGACCCGCUGCAGCCUCCUGCCUAAAACCAAGCCGUCCUCCCCGGAGCGCGCCGCCGAGGACAGCGGCAUCUCCGACACCUGCGACUCGGACGGCGAGGAAGCCGGCGGCUCGGCGAAGCUCCUCCUGGGGCUGACGGAGAAACCGGAGGAGCUGCUGCAGCUGGAGGACGGCGGGGAGCCGCCGCUGACGGCAGGUGGGGUGGAGCUGUCGUUCGCCAGUCCUCCCAGUCCAGACACGGUUCCGGACCAUCCUAAGGAUCUGUGCAGCCCUCGGCUGCGGCAGCUGCUGUCGCCCAUCUUCGACGGUCUGAAUCCGUCCUCGUCGCCGGCCGCCUCCUCUGAGCCGGACCUGGUAACCGAGCCUCCUCUUUUAACCAGCGAAUGUUCUGGUUCUGGUCUGACUGCUGGUCUCCGUCCGGCCCAGAGCCCCUGUGAGGACGAGGCGAUGGACACCAGCGAGGUGGAGCGUUUCUUCACCAUCUGCCCGGAGGAAACGCAGCUCAAGGAACAAGCUGCCGAGGACGUGGAGGGGAAGGAGCUGGAGAUGUACGCGCCGUACAUCUCCAUGGACGACGACUUCCAGCUCACCUUCCUCAGCAAUCUGCCGCAGGAAGCCGGCAAACCCGCCUCGCUGCUGCUCCAGGGCGCCGAUGGGAUUCCUGCCGUCACCGUCAGCAGGAAGAGGACCCACGACUUGGACAAAGAGCCGCCGCCUCUGCUGCUGAUCCAGGACAAGAGGCACAAACCGGACCCGACCUCCAUAGAGGAGGAGCUGCUGCUCAGCCACAGGCUGCUGGGUUCGCUGGAAGACGGCGACCAGUCGGAUCUGGUUCUGGACUCCGGACGCAGUCAGCUGCUCACAGACAGAGACCCGGUUCUGUCAGAACUGUGCGACACCGCAGCUCUGAUGAGGGACAUCUUCGUCCCUCGGCCGGCUGAUCUGUCGCCGCCGCUCUCGCCCAUGACCUGAGGCAGCUCCGGGGUCGGCGCGACCUCCGCCGCCGCCACCGUCGGGGCGAGCGACGGAGAGAGGUUGGCGCCGAGUCCGCCGCCUGCAGCAGCAACACAGCAACUUAAGCGCACACAUCUAAACAAAACCACAAACCUUUACGCACAAGAUGGUCGCCUCGCACGCGCCUCGCCGCCCGCUGAGGGCCGAGCGGCACAACCGACCGGGACGCUUUCCUCCGCUGUGAACCGAGACGGCGCCCGUUUCCUAGGAAACGGCAGGCGGUGCCGGCUUUCUCCAUCUGGAGCGUUCGGAAAAACAGAUUUCUUAGUGCAGCUAAAAAUCAGACGUAUCACGUUUUUAAUCGUUUGUUUUAAAGAUGAACAGCUUGCAAAAAAAAAAAAAAAAAAGGUUUCGCUUGUGAAGCACUUCGACAAUAAUCUGCCGUUUUUAUUUUCAUAAUUACACCAAAAAUCUUUUAAAAACAGCAACAAAAAAAAAAAGCGAAUAUCAGUGGCAAUUUUUACAACUUUUUCUACUUUUUGUUUUUAACGAUGCAUUAACUGUAGUUUGAGUUUAUUUCCCGUGUUAAAUACGAGCCGCCUGCGGAACCACUCUGGUGGCGCUCGUUCUGAUCCUCCCGGCGUCCCAGGCGGGCGGUGCUCAUCCGACACUCCCUGUAAGCCAAUGCGAAGCGAUCAAUCAAAAAGGUUUUAGUAAUCGACUCCCAGACUGACUGACCCACCCGGCUGGAAAACUGGAGCAGAUUCUCCAGUUUGUAAAUGAAAUCAUGUAUUUUACUAACCGCUUUACUGAAGCCAUUACUAGCUGAAUAAAAGUAGAGUUAGCACGUAUCUAUGCUUGUGAUUAAACACUAGUGUUUUACUUUUAUUUUCUUCCUUUAAGUUUGAAUCUUGUAACAAAUUAUACCUCAAAUCGCUGAACUGAAAACAGUUUUGAUGAAUUAAAUCGAUGUGAAACAUUCAACGUGUCGCUUUCAGGAGAAAAAACAAACUUUGAAUAAAAACUGCCAGCAGGUUGUUUCUCACACAGAGCUCUGUGCCUUCUCGCCACGCAGUAAAACCUUCAGCCAGACUGUUACCUUCACACUGAUUCUGCUCUAAAGCUGCUCCUCUGCAGAGCAGCCAACACACAAAUAAAUAAAUACUGUUUUCUGGAACCUUUUACUGUUUAUUCUGUACGUACUCGAAGUAAAUAAAACAGUUUAAAACUAAAA